UUCUGUAGGAUCAGCGAAGAGUCUGGAACGCCGCAGUGGCUCUUCUGACGCAAUUUCCUGGGUGUGGCUAGCCGCGUUCCUCCGGAGUUUUUCGGAGUGUAGAGACUGAGAGGUCGCUUCCCGCACUGAGACGGGAAAGAAAUGUAUCAGCUAUGUGUGGCUGAAAGAAGACAGCGUCAAAGUAACAAACCUGGUAAGCCAUCAUGAUCCCCAUCACCGAGCUGCGGUACUUUGCCGACACGCAGCCGGCGUACCGCAUCCUGAAGCCGUGGUGGGACGUCUUUACGGACUACAUCUCCAUCGUCAUGCUGAUGAUCGCCGUCUUUGGCGGCACGCUCCAGGUCACGCAGGACAAGAUGAUCUGCCUGCCCUGCAAGUGGGUGGUCAACCUGACCUGCGGUCACCAGAACGUCAGCGCCGACCCGAGCAUGGUGGGCCCACCGGAGCCCAAGGGGAUCCAGUAUGACCUGGACCGGCACCAGUAUAACUAUGUGGACGCUGUGUGUUACGAGAACAAGCUGCACUGGUUUGCUAAGUACUUCCCUUAUCUGGUGCUGCUUCACACACUCAUCUUCUUGGCCUGCAGCAACUUCUGGUUCAAGUUCCCGCGCACCAGCUCCAAGCUGGAGCACUUUGUGUCCAUCCUGCUCAAGUGCUUCGACUCGCCAUGGACCACGCGAGCGCUGUCCGAGACGGUGGUGGAGGAGAGCGACCCCAAGCCGCCGCCCUCGCAGCAGUCGAUGAAGGCCAACGGUGCGCGCGGCGACCACAAGCGGAUGUCCAACGUGUCCGAGGACGUGGAGGCCAGCGUGCCGAUGCUGCAGCGCACCAAGUCGCGACUGGAGCAAGGGAUCGUGGACCGCUCCGAGACGGGUGUCCUGGACAAGAAAGAGGGCGAGCAGGCCAAGGCGCUCUUCGAGAAGGUGAAGAAGUUCCGCGUGCACGUGGAGGAGGGCGACAUCGUCUACCGCCUCUACAUUCGCCAGACGCUCAUCAAGGUGGUCAAGUUCGCACUCAUCAUCUGCUACACGGCGUACUACGUGCGGCACAUCGAGUUCAGCGUAUGGUGCUCGGUGGACCUGGAGCGCUUGACUGGCUACCGGCUCUACCUGUGCGCCCACCCACUGGCCACUCUCUUCAAGAUCCUGGCCUGCUUCUACAUCAGCCUGGUGAUGGUCUACGGCCUCAUCUGCGUCUACACGCUGUGCUGGAUGCUCCGUCGCUCGCUCAAGCGUUACUCUUUCGAGUCCAUCCGCGAGGAGAGCAGCUACUCGGACAUCCCCGAUGUCAAGAACGACUUUGCCUUCAUGUUGCACAUGAUCGACCAGUACGACCCGCUCUACUCGAAGCGUUUUGCCGUCUUUCUGUCGGAGGUGAGCGAGAACAAGCUGCGGCAGCUCAACCUCAACCUGGAGUGGACGCCCGAGAAGCUGCGCCAACGCGCCACCAAGAACGUCCAGGAGAAGCUGGAGCUGCACCUCUUCAUGCUCAGCGGCAUCCCCGACACCGUGUUCGACCUCCUUGAGCUGGAGGUGCUCAAGCUGGAGCUGAUCCCGGACAUCACCAUCCCGCCGACCAUCGCGCAGCUGGCCAACCUGCGUGAGCUCUGGCUCUACCACACGCCGGCCAAGAUCGAGGCACCAGCGCUGGCCUUCCUGCGCGAGAGCCUCAAGUCGCUCCACAUCAAGUUCACCGACAUCAAGGAGAUCCCGCUGUGGAUCUACAGCCUGAAGAACCUGAGUGAGCUGCACUUGACGGGCAACCUGAGCGCCGACAACAACCGCUACAUCGUCAUCGACGGCCUACGGGAGCUCAAGAGGCUCAAGGUGCUGCGGCUCAAGAGCAACCUGACCAAGCUGCCCCAGGUGGUGACCGAGGUGGGCCAGCACCUGCAGAAGCUCUCCAUCAACAACGAGGGCACCAAGCUGAUGGUGCUCAACAGCCUGAAGAAGAUGGUCAACCUGAUGGAGCUGGAGCUGGUGCGCUGUGACCUGGAGCGGAUCCCGCACUCCAUCUUCAGUCUCCACAACUUGCAGGAGAUCGACCUGAAGGACAACAACCUGAAGACCAUCGAGGAGAUCAUCAGCUUCCAGCACUUGCACCGGCUCACCUGCCUUAAGUUGUGGUACAACCAAAUCGCUUACAUCCCCAUCCAGAUCGGCACGCUCACCAGCCUGGAGCGCCUUUACCUGAACCGCAACAAGAUCGAGAAGAUCCCCAGCCAGCUGUUCUUCUGCCGCAAGCUGCGCUACCUGGACCUCAGCCACAACAACCUGACCAGCAUCCACCCGGACAUCGGCUUCCUGCAGAACCUGCAGUCACUGGCCGUCACGGCCAACAGGAUCGAGGUUCUGCCGCCGGAGCUGUUUCAGUGCCGCAAGCUGCGCACGCUCCACCUGGGCAACAACUGCCUGACCACGCUGCCAUCGCGCUUCGGCGAGCUCACCAGCCUCACGCUGCUGGAGCUGCGCGGCAACCGGCUGGAGGGCCUGCCCGUCGAGCUGUCCGAGUGCCGCCUGCUCAAGCGCUCAGGCCUGGUCGUGGAGGAGGACCUCUUCAACACGCUGCCGCCCGAGGUCAAGGAACAGCUGUGGCGCGCCGACAAGGAGCAGGCAUGAGAAUAGGGUGGGGGAUGACCGUGGAAACGAGGACGAGCACAUGGAGAGAAAGAGACUCUCAGAGCGAUGGGUGGAUUUGACCACAGGCCAUUUGUCUAUUUUAAUGUUUUGUUUUGGAUCUUUUUGUUUUGAAAGAUUAUUUUGUUUGUUCAUUUCAUUGUUUUUAAAGAUUUUUUUGUUUUUAAUAUGAGGUGUGGACUACAAGCUGAUGAUGGUUAGAAGAAGACAAAAGUGUGGACAGAUACAGAGAGAUGAGUGAAUGUGUGGCUAAUCAAGAAUGAGACACCUUUUGUAUUAGAAAUGUAACGUUGGAGCUCUGCAAUGUAAUGUGUGCAAGGGCACAUGCUCAAGUGUGUGUGUGCAAUCACGCCUCCGUGCCUCAAGGUGGCAGUGUAGGAAGGCCAGUUGGCAAGACCCUUAAAGACGCUCACACUUACACAACAGGUAGUGUGAGCGUGUGUGUGUGUGUGUGUGUGUGUGUGUGUGUGUGUGUUAUGAGCUUGUGCCUGAUAAUGGGUUGAGAAAGUUGAGGCGUGGAAUGAGAACAAAAACACACUAACGGCUCUACAACAGUAUCUCACGACGACACGCAUACCCUCUUUCAAUCCUCAACACUGUGCAACACACUCAACACAAACACACACACACACACUAGCGUGCCUGUGUACAUGUACUUAAUCUGUAAAGUGGAGGGAUUACUUCACUUCUGAAAGUCUAGAGAAUGGAAGGUCCUUCUACAAAAGGGAAUUUGAGACGGGCAGUCACUCCGCUCAUGACUCCUGUUCUAAUGGCCUUAAUGUCAUAUGCUGGAAUACUGGCUGCUUUUAGGAAAAAACACAAAAAAACUUUCUUUUUAAUUUUAUAUAUAUAUAUAUAUAUGUUUUUCUUUUGUUUCAAGAUAUGCAAAUGUAUGUUUUAACAUUCAUGACAUAACACUUUUUUGUAUUAGACGUUUAUAUGGUUUAUUAUUAUAUUGUAAUUAUUUUAAUGUUUUAACUAAGAGAAUGGUAGGUUGAGUGUACUGACAGGUAUGUUGUCAUGCCCAGCCACAGAGACUGAAUGUCAAACACCCACACACAUACUGCUCAGUAAGCCAAUGAAACACUCCUUUAAUACA